AUGAGACUUACUGAGCCUCAGAAGAUUCCCAUCAGAGAGACUUAUGACUGUAAGCAGUGUGGGAAAACCUUUCUUCAUAGAUCAGGACUUAAUGACCAUCAAAGAGUUCAUACUGGAGAAAAGCCUUAUGCGUGUUCUCAGUGUGGGAAAUUCUUCAGCCGCAAGUCAAACCUUACUUCCCAUUACCGAGUUCAUAUGGGCGACAGACCUUAUGAAUGUAACAUUUGUGGGAAGGGCUUCCAUCAGAGGUCAGGCCUUGUUGAACAUCAGAGAAUUCACACAGGAGAAAAGCCUUAUGAGUGUAAAGUAUGUGGGAAGACUUUCCGACAAAAUGUACAUCUUACCGGCCAUCUGAAAAUUCACACUCGAGGGAAAUCUUUUGCCUGUUCUAAAUGUGGGAGAUCCUUCAGCAGCAAGUCAGCCCUGACUUCCCGUUAUAAACUUCAUGUCGGUGAUGGACCUUUUGAAUGUGAGGAAUGUGAGAAGGCUUUUCAUCAGAGAUCAGGACUCGCUGAACAUCAGAAAAUUCAUCCUGGAGGGAAGCCUCAUGAACAGAAAGCCUAUGGGAAGGCCUUCCAACAACAUGUAUACCUGACUUCCCGUGAGGAAAUUCACAGUAGAGAAAAUACUUUUAUAUGUACUAUAUGUGGGAAGUCCUUCACCUGCAAGUCAACCCUCACUUCCCAUUACAAAAUCCACUCUGGCGACAGACCUCAUCAGUGUACUGAAUGUGAGAAAGCUUUCCACCACAAGUCCGACCUUCUUCGACAUCAGAGGAUUCACACUGGAGAGAAGCCUUAUGAAUGCAAGGAAUGCAGGAAAGCCUUCCACCAGAUCACACACCUUACUCGACACGAAAGGAUCCACACUGGCGAAAAACCUUUUGGAUGCUCUAAAUGUGGCAAAUUUUUCAGCUGCAAGUCGUACCUCGUUUCCCAUUAUAGAAUUCAUGCUGACGACAGACCUUAUGAAUGUAAGGAGUGUGGGAAGGCUUUCCGCUGGAGCACCAAGCUCACGCGACAUCAGAGAAUUCAUACUGGAGAGAAGCCUUUUGAAUGUGAGGAGUGUGGGAAGGCCUUCUACCGGAGGUCAGGACUUACUGGACAUCAAAAAAUUCAUGCUCGAGAGAAAACAUAGGGAAUUUAAGGUAUCAGUACCUUCUGCCAAAAGGUAGGACCUAGUUGUUGCUUUCUAAGAAUUCGUGCUAAGGACGUCGAGGACACAUCUUGUGUGUGUAAACUUUCUGGGAAGGCCUUUCUCAAAAGCCAGUAGUUUGUUCAACAGCAAAGGAUUCAUACUGGAAGGAAGCUUUGCGGAUGCAGAUUCUUAGGAUGUUGUACGUAUCAGGAGUUGAACUGGACCAUACUCUUCAGUGAAGAAAAUUUGAAUUUAAACUAAAAGGGAACUCAAAGAAGAUCUAAAUAUAAAAUCUAGACCUUCUUUCCCUGAUAUUUGUGACAAAGUAAUCAAUGUAUAGUUGUAUUGCAAGAUUUCUGAUAACUACAAAACUCCUGUGGAGCCAAGUUACUCAAAAGCUUUCUCUUUGAAAAUCAAGGCCAAAGUAGCUUUAUUUUUAAAGCAUUAUGUAGACCUUUAAACACAUCUCCAAGCAACUUCCAGCAGCAUUUACCCAUAUUUCUAAGCUUGCAUAACCUUUGACCUAACAAGAAAGAGACAUUUAUGUCCCCAAAGAGCAUGUCAGUAAAGCACCUUGCUAAGCAAGCACUAAGAUCACAGAAAGAGCGAAAGGACCCAUAUAUCCAGAAAUAAAUGUAGCAUCCUUUCUUGUUGAUAUAACAAAAGGACUGGAAACACUAAAUGCCCCUAUCUGUGGAAUGGCUAAACAAAUUUUGGUAUAUGAAUGUAACGGAAUAUUAAUUGCAUUUGCAAGGAUGACAAAAAGGAUGGAGUUGGAGAAAUCAGGAGAGAUUUGUAUGGACUAAUGAAGAGUAAAAUAAGCAGAAUCAAGAGAAGAGUUUAUAUAGUGACUAUAGCAUUGUAAGAGGGAAAGAGCUAUGCUAAGUAAGCAGUGAUGACUCCGGAACACAGACUGAUAAGUCAUGAUAUGCAGAAUGAGACAUACGUUUCAGCUGGUCGAUGAAUGGAUCUAUUUUCCUGACUCUUUAUUAAAAGGAGCGGCUUAUGUUGGAGGGAAGUUGAGGAAUAGGAAAGUGCCCAAAGACAAGAAAGUAAAGAUCACAAUUGAAACCCUUAAGAAUGCACUAAAAAUAGAAGGAAAUUCAGGGGAGGACAUAGAGCCAUGAAAUGUCACUACCUUGUGUUUAAUCAUGAACUUUUUUAAAAACUGCAAUAGAGAGAUUUAUGACAACAUGUGCAAUACUCUUUUUCUAUUCUUUGUAUGAGGAAAUAUUCAUCUUAGUUUAAUGUUUGUCAAGUUUAUGAUAAUUUUUAGAAAUUGAAAACAAAGGGCAGCUAGGUGGUGCAGUAGAUAGAGCACCAACCCUGAAGUCGAGAGGACCUGAGUUCAGAUCCAGCCUCAGACAUAUAACACUUCCUAGCUGUGUGACCCUGGGGAAGUCGCUUAACCCCAGUUGCCUCAGCCAAAAAAAAAAAAAUUGAAAACAAAAACUAUCAAAGCAUUCCCCUCACCCCCACCUCAGAUCUAUCUGGGAUUGUAAUUAAUGUAGCUUUGGAGAAGAAAAAUAUCUAGGGUAGGAGUUAGUCUCUUUUGGAGGAAUUUUUAACUGUUUUCACAUCUCGAGUGAUUUUGGGACCAUCUUUAGGAUCCACAGGGAAGGUGCUCAUCAUCAUCUUAAUAGAGCCAAGCUAGAUUCUGAAAUUCUCUGUUUGUUGUUACUAUUAAUACUCCAGUAGGGUUUUAACAUGCCUAAAAAUUCAUUUUCUUUCCAAAAGCAGUUAGUCUGCUAGCUUUAGGACUACAGGUUUACUGAGGCUUAGGAAGAACUGGUUCCUAGAUUUUCCAGAACUGAGUUAGACUCCCCACAGGAACCUUUAGAUAAAUUUAUUUUAAAAAGCAACUUUUUUUUUUUCCAUUUCAAGCGAGUAUCAAAAUUUUAUACGAACACAAAAUUCAGGUAACGAUAAAGACAUGAAUUAAAUAUGUAAUUUUAAAAUUUAAAAUAGUAGAAGGAAGGAAACAAGCCUUUAUUAAGCAUCUCAUUGUGCUAAGUGCUUUACAAAUAUUUGAUCUUCAUAACAACUCUGGAAAGUAAGUGAUAUUAUUAUCCCCAUUUUAUAAAUGAAGAAACCGAGGAAGACAAGUUAAAUGGUAACCUAUCCAAGACUACACACCUACUAAAUGUCUAAAGUGGGAUUUGGAUUCAAGUCUUUCUGACUCCAGGCCCAGUGCUGUAUCUGCUGUAUCAUUCACUUGCCCCUAGAAUAUGGAAAAUAAGGUUUUAUAAAAGUCCAUCUGUAAAAUAGAAAUUAAUAUUCCAUAGUUAGAGAUGCCUUCCUCUGUGACAAAUGAAGUAAGUGCAGAGAGAUUAUAUUUUUCAAAGUAAACAUCAGGGCCCUGGAUGCAAAAGAAAUUUGACAAAGAGCCCAGCACAUUGAUAAGUAAUAAAUAUUUAUUGACUACUUACAACAAUCUCUCAAACUCAGACGUGGAUGGUUUUUCACACCUACUCAGGGAAUGAAUUUGAGUUGGGGGUGUGUGGGGGGGAGUGUUUAAUCACGUAAUUGUGUCUGACACUGGGACAUGGGGUUUUCUUGGGGAAAAAAGAUUUGGGAAUAGUUUGCCAUUUCCUUCUAUCCUGGACUGAGGCAAACAGAGGUUAAGCCCGGGGUCACACAGCUAAUAAGUGGCUGUGGCCAGGUUGGAGUUCCCAGCACGAUCUGUGGAGCCAUCCAGUUGCCAUGUGUGUGUAUGGAUAUCUAUAAAUACAUAUUAUAGUCAUAACUCUUUGGGACCCCAUUUGGGGUUUUCUUGGCAAAGAAAUGAAUGGUUCACCAUUUUCUUCAGCCCAUUUUACAGACGAGGAACUAAGACAAACAGAGUGAAGUGACUUGCCCAGGAUCAAACCACCAAUAAAUGUCCAAGGCCCCAUUUGAACUGAGGAGGAUGCGGCUUAAUUCCAUGUCCAGCUAGCUCUGCUGCUGCACAAGUACUGGUGCAUAAUUUUUUUUAAAUUUUUUUUUAUUGUGGUGCAUAAUUAUUGUGCUGCACCGGACAUUAGAGCCAGGUCAAACCGUUCUUCACAAAUGACGACCUCAGCAGUCGCCUCCCUGUGGGAGCACCUGGUCAGAAGCUUUGUUCUUUUAGGAUCAUCACCUCUCCCAGGUUGUGAGCGAUUUCCUCGGGACCAGCAGAUUAAGCACUGUCCUGGUUUGUGGGCUGUCUUUUUAUUUUGUCUUGUCAACUGACUCAUUGUAAUAUAAAGAGUUUGUUUUGGUCCCAUAUUUUUCUUAUCAGGUUCUUGAGAAUUAAGAAAUCUUUCUGUUAAUUCUGGACAAUCCGAAUUUUCUCUGGCAUUGUUAAUAUCAAACACGGUUUACAUUCAUGAAUCUUUUGAAUUAAAAAAAAAUUCAGUUUCUCCAUCA